GAUCUGCGGUCCUCUCCAUUCACUUCAUCCCUGCAUGACAGAGCCUCGAUAAACGCUCCAUUCCAGCUUUUCCAUUCUCUUCCAGCUUUCCCCUGCUGACAAAACAGACCCCUCAACACCCGUCAUCAACAUCCCCAGUUCAGGUAUCAGCUCCCAGAUCUACACAGUGGGUGUCAUCACCGGGCACCACCUCAUCCUGCUGCCGUGAGAUGCCUUCUGCAGAAAGACAUUCACCAACGUCAAACUCAGCUGGUCCCAACCGUAGUAAGAAAAAAAAAAAAAUAAAAAAAUCCCCAAACCCAAGGAAAAAAAAAAAAAAAGAUCUUCCAAACUGUCCUGCGAAGGGCGACACCUCCCUGGGCAUUAUUCGACGGCAGCCACAGGCCAGCGAAGCCGGGGGUUUCGGGCACGGAGCAGCCCCGACAGGCGAGGCAGGCGGACCGCGGCAGGGCCGGCUCAGCCUCACGGGGCCCCCACGGCCCUGCGCCGCUCCUCGCCUCCUCAGCGCGGCCGGCCGGGCCCCUCCGUCCGCGUCGGGGGCAGGGAGGCGUUGUUGGACGGUGGACCUGCCCGCCGCCCGAGCGCCGGCUCCCCUUUUCUUUCUUUCUUUUUUUUUUUUUUUUUUUUCCCUUUUCUUUUCCUUCCUUUCCCGCCGGCGGCGGCCCCGCGGUGCCUCCCGGCGCGGGCGCGCGGUGCGUUCGUUACCUGGCGCUCGGCGGCGGCUCCUUCCUCACCUGUGCGCGCCUCUGCCAAUGGCAGCGCACCUGGCGGCCGCGCCGCCCAAUCAGCGCGCGGCUCGUCCCUCUCCCCGCUCCUUUAGUGAAAGAAUCCAGCGCUGCUCGGGAAAAGUUACCUGUGCGCGCCCGGCCCGGCCGCUCUCCCGUGCCGAGCCCCGCCGGCGCCCCAGCCCCGCCGCUCCCCACAUGCCAGGGGGAGGGGGCUCUACCUGUCCUGCCUCGGCGGCUGGCUGUGGAGCCGGGAGAGGGGGGGAAGGAAAGCAGAAUUACCAGUAGCUCUGGUUCUGCCGUCCCGGGCGUUCACACGCACACCUUCACCUGCACAGACCUGAAAGUCCAGUUCCGCCAGGCAGACGGAGGCACCGGGAAAAGGGGAGAGAGUUCAUUGGAUCAAACAUGUCACAAGAGACGGACAAUAACAAGCGACUUGUGGCCUUAGUGCCAAAUGACACUUCAUUCAACACCAGACGAGCCUACACCAGUGAAGAUGAAGCCUGGAAGUCGUAUUUGGAGAAUCCCCUAACAGCAGCUACCAAGGCUAUGAUGAGCAUAAAUGGUGAUGAGGACAGUGCUGCUGCUCUUGGCCUAUUGUAUGACUAUUAUAAAGUUCCCAGAGAUAAAAGGCUGUUGCCUGUUAACAAAGUGAGUGAUAAUCAAGAAGACCAAGAUAAAAGAAAUUGUCUUAAUACCACAGAAGCUCAGAAUAACUUAAGUGGGGGAGAGAACCGUGUGCAAGUCCUGAAGACAGUGCCAGUUAACCUUUCCUUGAACCAAGAUCCUUUGGAGUCAUCCAAAAGGGAAUACAACACCAAUGUGUCUGGGAGCUCAACACCCAUCACAGGGUCUGCAGUGACUGUGGUUAAAGCAGAGGAAUUCACCCCUGUUUUUAUGACCCCACAAACACACUAUGCAAGAGGAGAAAAUGAGGAGCACCGAGGUGUUAUCUUUGAACCAUAUGAAGUGUCCAACAUUGCUCCCCACACAAAUUAUCUGAAAGAUGAUCAGCGCAGUACUCCUGACAGUACCUACAGUGACACCUUCAAAGAUGGAGGAACAGAAAAGUAUCGGAGUGUGUCAGUGGGGGCUGAAGAAUAUAUUUAUGAACAAACAAGCAGCACUUUUCAGUAUACACUAGAAGCUACCAAGUCUCUGCGUCAGAAGCAAGGGGAGGGACCCAUGACCUACCUGAACAAAGGACAGUUCUACGCCAUCACCCUGAGUGAGACGGGUGACAACAAAUGCUUCCGGCAUCCUAUCAGCAAAGUCAGGAGUGUGGUCAUGGUUGUUUUCAGUGAGGAUAAAAACAGAGAUGAACAGCUGAAAUAUUGGAAGUACUGGCAUUCCCGGCAGCACACAGCUAAACAGAGAGUCCUUGACAUUGCUGAUUACAAGGAGAGUUUUAAUACCAUUGGGAAUAUUGAAGAAAUUGCAUUCAAUGCUGUGUCCUUUACUUGGGAUGUCAAUGAGGAGGCAAAGAUUUUCAUCACAGUGAAUUGCUUGAGCACAGACUUCUCCUCACAAAAAGGAGUAAAAGGGCUUCCUUUGAUGAUUCAGAUCGAUACUUACAGCUACAACAACCGCAGCAAUAAACCUAUCCACCGAGCCUACUGCCAGAUCAAGGUUUUUUGUGACAAGGGAGCAGAAAGGAAAAUCCGAGAUGAAGAGAGAAAGCAGAACAGGAAGAAAGGCAAAGGCCAGGCAUCCCAAGCCUCAUGUAAUAAUGCAGCUGAAGGGAAGUUGAGUGCACUCCCUCUGCAGAAAAAGAGUGAUAUCACCUUCUUCAAAACAAUGGCUGACCUGGAUUCCCAGCCUGUUCUCUUCAUACCGGAUGUUCACUUUGGAAACCUACAAAGAACUGGACAGGUUUACUAUAAUACAGAUGAUGAGAGAGAAGGUAGCAGUGUCCUGGUCAAAAGGAUGUUCCGGCCUGUGGAGGAAGAGUUUGGUCCUUCCCCUUUGAAACAAAUCAAAGAAGAAGGUCUGAAAAGAGUGCUUUUGUAUGUAAGGAAGGAGACAGAUGAGGUGUUUGAUGCUUUGAUGCUGAAAUCACCCACAGUGAAGGGGCUAAUGGAAGCUAUCUCUGAGAAAUAUGGGCUGCCAGUUGAAAAGAUUGCAAAACUUUAUAAGAAGAGUAAAAAGGGCAUCCUGGUAAACAUGGAUGACAACAUUAUUGAGCACUACUCCAACGAGGACACAUUCAUCCUGAACAUGGAGAGCAUGGUUGAAGGCUUCAAGAUCACACUGACAGAGAUCUAGCCUCAAGCAGAGCCAUUUUGUAAGGAACCACAGCAUUUCAUCCUUCUUGGAAAGCAGAUUCCCCGUAAACUUGACAGACAUUGAUCAGAGAAACUGUUACAAGACUGCAUUGAAAAUACUGUCCAUUCUGCACAUCUGCACCCACUGCAGAUAGACUUGGGUUUGUCAAGCAUAAGGCCAUUCACAGUAACCUGGUCCCUUAUUUAUUGUUCCUCACUCUCUAGCGUACAAGCAGUUACCAGCCCCCAGAUUUGUAACCAGAUGACCCACUGCAAAUGUGAAAUGCAGCAUUUUAAUCCAUACUUCAGUGUGGAUAAGCUCCUUCUAAAACACAUUCAGUAACUAUGCUGGUCUAAUUUCAGAAAUCUGAUAUGAAUCACUUUACCAGUAGUUGUCUCUGUCAUUGCUAAAAAUCUGUUGCAGUGCUAAAGAUGGGCAAAGUGGCUGACAGUUCACUUGCUCAGACUGAUCCAUAUUUCUCUCUACUGUAUAGUCUUGCCAAAUACCUCUGGUAGUUCUCAGCAUGUAGCAAUGAGGACUUGUAAGUAAGGCAUUCAGCUACAAAUGUCACUUGUAAGUAAAUGGUAAAGGAACCAUUUUAACCUUGUAUAUAAUGUUUAUAAUAUGCAAUAAUAUAUUUUAACUACUGUAUGUGGGCAUGUUUACUGCCACUAUGUUUUUGUAUGUAUUUGGUUUAGGGUUUAAUAGAAUCUUUCCUAGAGGAUUAAAUUGCUGCAACCUGUUAAAGAGUGUGUGCUGAGAAGCUGAUAAGUGAAUCUGGACUCAUAUGCUCCAUCCUUGCUCACGCAAUUGUAUAUUGAAAUAUUAGAGCAGACUGCUACUGGGUCUUGGAUGCUCUGGCACAAUGGGGUCCACCUUAAGUGCCCGAGUCCCAGCUGUAGAUACCCGAGUCUCCCAUCCAGCUGUAAGAAAAUCCAAGAGACACCGUGUGUCUGCUGCCUGGUUUGCCAAGAGGUACAGAAGGGACUUCUUCUUGAUCGUCUUCCUUUGGUGAAGCGGAGGCUCCUAAAGGGUUUUUUUCUCAAGCCCGUGGUGGGAAGGUUCUUUCUGCAGCAGCCUGUGCAUCAAAGCAUUCCUCUAGACUGUAAGAAACAGGACUUCACUCUUCCUUUUAAGUGUAUUUGCUCUUGUAUUUCCAUUGAAUGAUUAAGUUGUGAUUCCUAGGACACUUGGGUGACAUAUAAGCCUGGGCUUGAUGUAAAUAUUUUAUCAAAACUGGAACAAUUUUUCCACUGGAGACUGAGUAUCCCACAACUGAGGAGUGGAGAUUGGUCUCUCUCUCAAGGGCUGCAUCUGAACCCAAGUUGAACUACAUGGUUAUUCCAUCAAAUUCCAUGCCUGCCUUACGAAUUCUGUGAAGAGAUAAAGUUGUGCAGGCUAAAAUUAUACCAGGAAAGAGGUUCGAGGCCUGAAUGUCCCUAUGACCUCCAAACCCAGCAUCUCUCUCUCUAUUCCAGCUCCUCUGGCUGUUGUGAAGAGCUCCUCACUUAGCAUAUAAUUCCGUGAGUUUCAGUUCCAUUUUAUUCUCUACCACUGUACAUGGAUCCUAUGUGACAGACACAAGUGGGGGUCCUUUCCUACAUGCAGCCUAUAGAGUUUAUUCUUUUCCUUCUAAAACCUUUUCUUGUUUAGUCACACAGCCUUUAUUAUUUGGUGGUUAAUGGCAGAAAGAAACACUGCCAUGUGUAACGGGGCUCAUGUGUGGAGCUAUUUACAUUCAAGCAAAGUAGCUGGGAUAACUGACCAGUCUAAUUUGGCCAUAUCUGCAUGAAUUGUCCUGUAAGUUCAUGCACACAUUCUUAACUUCAUUAGCAGUAGCAUCCCAUUAAAAUCUCUUCCUUUAAUAGAAAUGUUAAGUACAUGUCAAGGUUUCUGUGGGACCAGAAACUAUAAAAGGUUCAGGGUGAUAGCAUCAGCACUAACAUACCCAGAAUUCACAUAUGCCUGUAAAGCAAAGUGUGUAUUCUGUCUUUCUCCUGCCCUUUUCUUUUGUCAUGCACUCUUUCCCCUUCUGAUGCAGAGUUCUGUUGUAAUUUCCUUAACUUUAUAUAAAAAUGCACUCCAAUGAAGAUGCUCUUGCUGUGCUGCUCAAGAGCAAACAAUCUGGGAAUACAAGAGAUUUAUGAUUGUUCAGUUUGUUUCUACUUGGCUCAGACUGAGAUAAAAAUUUAUGCUGACUUAUCCCAGAUAUUUUUUUCUUAAAGAAAAAAAGAGGACAGUUGGUACAGGAGGCAUUAGGAACUGGGACCAGCACACAGGACUGGUGAGCAAUACUGUUAGUUCUUGUAUUUCUCUGUUGGUGUUUGGAAUCCUCAGAAUAUCAUCUGGGAUCACUCAGCUGGUCAAGAUGUCUGGGCAGAAGCUGCAGGUGAAGCAAAGGAGUAAAUAUAUGCAGGAGUUGAGCCCUAGUUCUGCCCCCAACAAACCAGCUGUCCAAGGGAAUACUUGGGACUGGCCUGGGUUGGAAAGUGCUACAUUCAGAAAGACCAGUGAGAAUUUAGGGAUCACAGAGAAGGACAGGUAGUCCUGGCAGCACCAGCACUCAGGUAAUGGGAUGGUUUUGUCUUACAUUUGGGUCAAGAUGAGCUGAGAUCUGUUGGGUGCUGCAGCAUCCUGUGAUGAGGAGCAGUGUAGGAUCAGUGAGAAGUGCAAUGCUCCAGGAAUACUGGGGCUUAAGGAGCUAUCUUCCCAUUGUCAUUUUAGGAGCUUUCAGUCAGCCACUGUCCAGGAAAGGAAAGUAGCUUCCAAGAUUACCUGAAAGAUAUUCUAAAUACAUCUUAGUGUGCAAAUUCCUGAUAGUAAAAAGCUAAUACUCCUGCCUUUAGUUCCUUUGUACAGUCUCAGUGAAGUUAUCAGGAAGAUGCUUAGAUUGGUGGAAAGAUUAUUCUAAAACAACAAUUAGAGCUAGGUAAGGAUGAUCACUCUUUGCUGUAUCUGCCAGGGUCUGAGGACUUUGUUUCUCUGCUCCAGAUGCAGGUGCAUCACAAGCACUGAGUAUCCAUGCUGCACCCCUUCAGUUGUAGUUAUAGCAUCAACUGCUGGAGGAGCACUAAACCUUGGAUGCUGGUUGUGGCAAGCUGCAAACUCUCAGGGUUCACCUUGUUGGUCCAAAUCAGCCCAUCAGAGUGGUGGGCAAAAGGGCAAGAGUGGUAGGAGUAAUGCAAACUUCUGAAGCAGUGGCUGCCUUGUGCCCUGCUUGACUCAGAUAUCCUGAGGAGUACUCCGUGCUUUCAUGUAUAUUGUUUAAAAUAUGCAUGUUGCUUUUGUUUGAUAAAAAAUAUUGAUUAAUGCUGGAUCUUCCAAAUAUUAUGAGUGAAAUGGAAGUAAGAUUUGGCUACUGUUCAGCAGGGGACAGGAAUAUCUGCCUUGCCUCCUUUUGUCUCUUUGUGGCACUGCUGUGGUUGUUUAUUUAAAGGAACAAAAUUCUCAUUUCCUUCUCUUCUUGAAGACAGCAAUCUCAAAUCUUAACUAGUGCAGCCUGAAGAGUGGCUUGCUGCUCAGUGCAUUUUCCCUAUGAAGAGUUAUAGCAGUGCAGUGUCUGUAGAUGUUAUGUUUUGAAAGACUCUAGACAGAUGUACAAAAGGAAAACAGUCUUCUAAUUUUGGUUCCUGCUGCAGAUUUGGCACUUUGUCCGUCCAUUUGAUAUUUUAUUAUGAAAUCCCAUUCAAAUUCUCAAAUUCUAGUUCUUUCUCACAGUCAGGUGCUGAUAUUCCCAAAAUAAAGUGCAUCCCUUGAGUGAAGCUUUGUGGAUGUACGAUGAUCACCCCAUCAAGACAUUUUGGAGAAUUUCUAAUACUGAGUGUAAACUACAAAGAAAAGAAUGUUUUUUUUCAUGUGUGUCCUCUCUCACAAAGUUUUUGGUCAAUGGAAUUCAGAGAUCAAAUGUAUUUCUUACAUAUUUAUCUCUUUCGUUCUAUGAAUUGUUUAAAUGUAAAUUAAUUCAAACAAUUAGUAAAAUCUAAACUCUCUAGCUGUCAGAGAUGCUGUAUAUUGAUUGAAGUGGAACUGGAAAGGAGUAUCUUAUGACUUAUAAAAUGUAAAGCUUAUUAAAUGUUUAUAUGCUCUUCCAUUUCCUAUUAAUUGAGACAAGAUACAAACAAGAAUGUUUGUGCCAAAGAUUGUGACAAGCCGUCUUUCUGGCAAACAAGGAAACUUAAUGUAUAAAUAGUGUGCUUUUAUAUUAAGAAUAUAGCUCAUGUAACUUAAUAGUGUUGCAACUGGGAGAGGGGUUUGAUAAGCUGUAAAUACAGUUAUUUUAUUUUUUGUACAUUUUUAAGAAGGAAAAAAAAUAAAUAUUCUUAUGUAUGAGAUAAUAUUUC